AUGGCUGAAGAGGUUUUAAUUCCAUCAGCAAGAAAAUUCACAGCGCACCUGACCAGCUCUCUGUUGGCCGUAGCAUUCCUCACCUCCUUUGGGAGCUCCAUGCUUUAUGGCUACAAUCUGGCUGUGGUUAACUCCCCUGCUGUGUACAUAAAGGACUUCUACAACAAAACAGUGCUGAGUCGUAAUGGAACAGGACUCAGUGGUGAGACCCUGACCCUCAUGUACUCUCUCACUGUAUCUGUCUUCGCAAUUGGAGGUCUGCUGGGCUCCCUCAUUGUGGGCAUGUUGGUCACUCGCUUUGGCAGGAAAGGCACAGUUGUGAACACAACAGUGCUGGUGUUUAUUGCUGGCUUACUCAUGGGCUUCAGCAGGAUUUGUGGUUCACCGGAGAUGGUCAUCUUUGGCCGCUUCAUCACUGGAAUUCACUCGGGCAUCUCUCUAAGUGUCGUACCAAUGUAUCUGGGUGAGAUAGCACCUAAGAACCUGCGAGGCUUCCUGGGUCUUGUGCCAAGUAUCUUUAUCGGCAUGGGAGUCUUUGCUGCCCAAAUCCUUGGCCUACAUGAGCUUCUAGGAAAGGAGGAGCACUGGCCCCUUUUUCUUUCUGUUGUGGUGGUACCCACCUUCAUCCAGUUGAUGCUGUUGCCAUGGUUUCCAGAGAGCCCAAGAUACCUACUGAUUGAGAAACACAAUGUCCAUGCCACCAUAACAGCUCUGAACUGGUACAGAGCCAAGUGUAACAUCCAGGCUGAACUUGAAGAGAUGCAGGAGGAGCAGCACUCCCUGUCAUCAGUGGAGACACUGUCAGUAUGGAAACUGUUGCUAGAUGACAAAGUCCGUUGGCAAGUGCUCAGUGUGGUGGUCAUCAACAUUGGCAUGCAGUUGUCUGGCAUUGAUGCUAUCUGGUUCUACACCAAUGACAUCUUUGAAAAUGCAGGUAUCCCAGCUCCAGAGAUCCCGUACACCACAGCAGGAACAGGAAUUAUAGAGAUCAUCGCUGGACUCAUUGGGUGUUUCAGCAUAGAGAAGCUAGGAAGGAGGCCUCUCAUGAUUGGGGGUUUUGCCAUGAUGGGCAUCUGCAGUGCUGGAAUCACAUUGGCACUCAUUUUACAGGCUCACUUAUCAAUCAUGCGCUACAUCAGUGUCUGCUGUGUGGUCGGCAUCAUCGCUGGCUUCUGUAUCGGUCCAGCGGGCGUUCCCUUCCUGGUCACAGCAGAGCUGUUUAAACAGUCCCACCGCCCAGCUGCCUACAUUGUUGGAGGAUCACUCAACUGGCUGUCCAACUUUACUGUGGGCUUCAUGUUCCCCUUCUUACAGAUGUCUGCUGGAUCUUACUGCUACUUGGUUUUUGCCACCGUUUGUGUGUCUGUGGCUGUCUAUGUCUACAUCAUGAUCCCAGAGACCAAAAACAAGACCUUCAUGGAGAUCAGUCGAAUGUUUUCUAAGAGGGAGGCAGUCUUAGAGACCCAAGGCCUUAUCCAUGGGGACCAGCUGAAGCUGAAGAAAAUGAAUGGAUAUGGCAUUGUAAAACAUGCAUCGCUGGAGUUAGACAGCUCCUCUUCUGUACCUUAGCUGAGCUCAAUGUUCUCACUGGGAAAACAAAACCAGUUAUUUGAUCUUAUCUUCCUUUUUGUUUUCAAAUGUUUCAUAGGCUUCUCUUCCUCUCAGUAGUAGUCACACUCUAUUUUACGCUGUUGCCCCCUAAAAACCUCCCUUCAGACAUUUCUACCGAUCAGUGCACUGCCUUCCUGGACUUCUUCAACUCCAAAAUCAACACCAUUCACCAACAACUGGCCUCAUCUUCCACCCCCUCAAACGACCCAACUUGUACGAUAACCAUUGACCAACCUCUCAUCAGCUCCCUCUCCAGCUUCACCCCAGUAUCAGAGCACACCAUCUCGGAACUCAUCCUAAAAGCCAAAACGACCACCUGUCAGCUCUAUCCUAUUCCCACCUCCCUUGUCAAAACCUGUCUGCCGUCCAUUUCCCCCAUGAUCACCAACAUUAUUAACUCCUCCCUCAUCACUGGUACUGUACCCCCCACUCUCAAACUGGCUGCCAUCACACCCAUCCUGAAAAAACCCGGUGCUGACCCAGCUGUCCUUACAAAUUACCGGCCCAUCUCCAAUCUCCCCUUCAUCUCCAAAACACUUGAAAGGGUGGUUGCCGCACAAUUACAGUCCCACCUCGACCCAAACAACUUCCAUGAACCCUUCCAAUCUGGCUUCCGUCCAAAACAUAGCACCGAAACAGCCCUGGUCAAAAUCACCAACGACCUCCUCUGUGCAGCUGACUCUGGACUACUCACUAUUUUCAUCCUCCUCGACCUCAGCGCAGCGUUCGAUACCAUCUUCCACCCUCUGCUCCUGGACCGCCUGGCUGGCAUUGGGAUCACUGGUGCUACACUCUCCUGUUUCACAUCUUACCUCACUGACCACCAACAAUUCGUGCAACUAAGGAACCACAAGUCUGGGUGUUCAGGUGUUUCACUGGGUGUCCCCCAGGGUCAGUCUUGGAUCCACUUCUUUUCACCAUCUACCUCCUCCUCCUGGGCUCACUCCUCCGUCACCACGGGGUCCAUUUUCACUGCUACGCCGAUGACACACAGGUCUACAUCUCUUCCAAACCCACUGCUGCCAUCCCUCCCACUUCCCUCAUCACUUGCCUUGGUGACAUCCGGAGCUGGAUGACCAGAAACUUUCUGAAACUGAACAGCAAUAAAACCGAGGCCCUGCUCAUCGGCUCCAAAUCCACUCUCACCAAAUCACAACGCACCCCAGCUCCACCCAUCAUCGUCGACGGAUUCCCUGUACCCUUCAUCCCCCAAGUCAAGAGCCUCGGCAUCAUUCUGGACAGCACCCUUUCACUUGCACCCCAUAUUCAAAACAUCACUCGGACUGCAUUUCCAGACUCCGCCCAUCACUGACCCAAUCCAGCACCGAAAUCCUGGUUCACGCAUUUGUCACAUCACGCAUCAAUUACUGCAAUGCCCUCCUCACUGGACUCCCCACCAAACUCAUCAACAGACUGCAAAUCAUUCAGAACUCGGCCGCCCGGAUCAUCACCGGCACCAAAUCAUCAGAUCACUCCUGUUCUCAUCCAACUCCACUGGCUCCCUGUACAAUACCGUAUCCACUACAAAAACCUUCUCCUCACCUACAAAGCUCUCCACUACCUAGCCCCCACUUAUCUCUGCGACCUCCUUCAUGAAUACACUCCCUCCCGGACCCUCCACCCACCAUGGGUGCCAGAGCCUUCAGCUGCUCAGCACCCAGGCUCUGGAACUCCCUCCCCCCACACAUAACACAGUCAGACUCCAUCACAUCAUUCAAGUCCCAACUCAAGACCCACCUGUUUAAACUGGCAUACUCCCUAUAACCUGACACUGCAAUUCACUUGUUUUUAUGUUUUUAUGUUGAUGUUUUCUCUUUUUUUUUAACAUUGUUUGUGAAUAUUUAAUCUUUUACUUUGCUUUGUAAGGUGACCUUGGGUGACGUGAAAGGCGCCUCCAAAUAAAAUGUAUUAUUAUUAUUAUUAUUACUCACCAAGGUAAUAGCUAAAGUUCAACAGUACAAGACAAAGGAGCAAUCAGAGCAUCAGACAGAUUGGAAACAAAACAACAUGUUAGCUAAAGAAAACCCAUCACAGUUUACAUGCCCACUUCCUGUACUUCCCGUAGAUGUGCACAUUUUUUCUUCCAAAUUAAGAGCUUGGUUUACUUUUCAUCUCGAUAAAUUGCUGUUUUUUUUUUUUUGCAACAGCAUUGUAUCAAUGUCACCAUGUUUCCAGAUCUUUGUUGUUACUUUGAUGAGUACCAUGUUUAGUUGAUAGGAAUGACAGCCCAAGUUGUAAUAAACUAGAUCUUUUUUUAAUAAACAAUUGAAAUUAGUUUUCCAUGUAGGGAUAGGCAUUUUAAAAUUAAACCAAACAAUGUCCGAUACAAUUGGAUGUUAUUUUUGUUGUUCUUCAAAAAAUAUUUAUCAUUAACAUUGCACUCAUUCAAAGUAUCAUUAAGGAUAGGCCAGAUCAUAAAAGAAUCUGUCUCACCGCUAAGACGUUUGUUGGCAUGCAUCACACUACAUGAAUACAAGAAAGAAACAACAAUCUUAAGAAGUAGGACACAGAUUUUCUUUAAUUGGACAAAUGAUGAGGUGCAUCUGCAAGUGUUUACCUUUUGCCUUCACCAUUGGUAGGUUAGUGGUAAAUGACUAUAAACCAAUGUGACUGAUGGUGUCAUUGUUUCCAAACCUCUCCGUUUUUGCCUUUCCAUACAACAACAAAUCCUGGAGUUUCCAAACCUCUCCAUUUUAGUUGCUUGAAAACUCCAGAGUAGUGUGGACUAUCAGGUGAAAACAUGGCAACUUAAAAUGUAGUAGUGUGGAUGCAGCCUAAGAGUGGGUAUGCCAUCAGUUAACAAUAGAAAAAUUACCCAUUGACAAUGAACAUGGAUGAGACAUACACAGCUCUAUAAAUAAUCUUCAACUGACAUUAUUUUUGCUUUCAUAACUGCUUCCACGUGUCUGUAAACUGUGAUUGAUGUCGAUAGUAGUUACAUUAAGACAGUCAGAGAUGCAUAAAUAAAAUCCACUUUUAAUAAA